GAAAUCACGCGAAUUAUACAACUAAAAUCCCAAAGUAUUCGGUGCUAAAUAGCAUGCUGUGAAACAAAAUGGUCGCCAUACUCGCCAAUCCCAAAUGGAGCGAGGACCUAACUAUUCAAAUGAUCAUCGAGUACGAAAAACGCGAAUACUUGUGGAACCCUGUGUCCGAGCAUUACAAGAAUAAGAAGAUUAGGGAGCAGGGCUACGUCGAGAUUAUUAAUUCGUUAAAUCUAGUCGAUGUCACUGUUAAAGAAUUGAAAAACAAGAUAAAAAAUAUACGGUCGUCGUACAGCGUGGAGCUGAAGAAGAUUCGCGCGGCUAGGAAGGCUGGCGCGCAUGCGUACAAGCCUAGCGUCACGUGGUUCGAGCACGCAGACAGGUUUCUACGGGCGAUCGUCACACCGAGCUCCGUCGACACGAGUUUACUGGAGAUUCCGGCUAGCGAUGACAGCGAUGCAGUGCAAGAUUUGAGCGAGCGUAAAUCACCGGAGAAGAAAAGUCCUAGAAAACGUCGAAGUUCCACACGUUCUUCGACUCCCUACGUAUUGAACACUCCGUCCCCUCGUCCCAGUACUCCAUUUGGCCUCAACCAGUCCACCACACCAUUCGGUAUUCUCCCAACAUCAACUUCAGCACCUUUUCUCAAUCCUCCAGUCGGCAUUGCCACCCCGCUCACUACCUCUUUAGCAACCAUUUAUCCAAUUCCGACGAAACAGAAAAAAAGUAACUUUGACGACCGUAGCAACGGUGACCACAAUGAUUUGCCCCAAGAUCUAAGCCAGCAUGCUGAUAAUGUAAACGAGAAUGAAUUCGAAAUGUUCGGGAAACUGAUUGCGAGUCAACUGAGGAAAUUGCCUUUGAGUUUGGCUUUGGACACGCAGUUGAAGAUACAAACUCUGGUGAAUGCGGCGAGAAUACAAGCCGUGUAUCAACAGUACAGUUACGCUGGACCAUCGCAAGAAGCCCUUUCGGUACAAGCGCUUUCAAACGGGAUCCUAGCCAGCAUGGCGUCACAGAGUAGCUACGCAUCCAGAGCUGCUAUGGCAUUACGUAACGACUCUCCAGAAGAUAUGAACAGGGAUUUGAAAACUGAAUAUUCUAUAGGCUCUGAGGGUGAAGAUUAAAAUCCUCAAGACAAGACGAAGUACCUCGGAUGACUGGGAUAAUUAGAUACGAUUGCUCAUAAUGUAUACCGAUUACCUACUACUUAGAUAGAUGACUUCGUGUCGAUAUAUGGUGUUUUAGAUGAAUAUUGUAGUAGAUAUUUAGAAUAACAAAGUAUGAAUCAGUACAAAUACAAGAGAACUUUGUCUUGCUCAGAUAAGAAUUCGAUGUGAUUUCAAAAUUGAAACUAGUCAUGUUUGGUGUUUUAUCGUAGAUCUCGGUGUUUUUGGCUGUGUUAGUUAUUUAUUUUAUGAAAGAAAAAGACAUAUCUUUCUAUUCGCGGGCGUUUAAAAGAACGGAUUUAAUAGUAUUGCCACUUAUAUGUUUCGGCAUUGUUUUAGUAGUAAACGCUGAAUGUCCUUGAACUUUAAAGAUUUUUAUAAUUUGUUUAUCGGACUGGUUAUUCUAGACUGUUUAAGUUAGAUUAUUUUUCAUCGAAUUUGGACAAUGUGACCAUUUUUUAUAUUUUUAUAGAUGACAUUUAUCAAUGAAUGUGACUGAUAAGAUAUAUCAUUCAUUUAGUAUAGAAUUUUGGUUUUUAGUAUUAUGAUAACAUUUAUACGAGUAGAAAGAUGAAGAAUCUCUAUUAGAAAAUUUAACUCACCAACGUGAAAUUUGAUCACGCUGGGUUUCUCUCAAUUUACAAACACAAUUUCAUGAAAGUAGACACUUACGUGCGUGACAGCAUAAUAAUAUAAAGUAUAUAAAUGGCAUCUUUCGAUUUUCACUUUUGUGUUUGACGCCUAAGGAGAUAAAAAAACAUGUAUCAAUGAGUUGUUGAUUGUAGAUGAUAUAAAAAGAGUGCAUCUUACUAUAAUAAUUUUGACAUCAUCUCUGGACUUUUGGAGUGAAAUCAUGAUGACUUUUUGAUCGAUUUCUGAAAAGAGAAAAUACUUAGUACUUACAAGUGGGUUGAAAUUCUUGAAUUAUAUUGAUGAAGAAUCAAUAUAUCUAUGAUUAUAGUAACGGUACUUUUAUUCUAUCUAAAUGAAUGAUCCUUGAACAGAGCUGGUAUUGCUAUACGUGUGAUAGAGUAGUUUGUUGAAAUUGUGAUUAUUUAUAGUGUGUAUUAAUAAAUAAAAUACCUCAGCAGCGGUUACCUACCACAGAUAAUAAAUGUUUGAUAUAUAUUUAUCUGUUGUUCUAUGUGCCACAAUUAGAUUGU